UCAGGGCAGUGAGCCGCGAGCAUCCUGUGUAGGUCCGCACGUUCCAUUGAGGAAAGCUGAUUUCACUUGCGUGCUUCUCAGGUGGCCACGGGGGAGGAACCUGCUGUGAGGCUGCUGCAGAUCAACAUGUGCUCGCAUAGAAGACUCCGUUCUCAUCUCCUUUCUGCUGGCGGACAUGGAUAGUAACUGAAGUGCCAAAGUGCCAGGGUUUGGUUUCCCGUGGCACCUCCCAAGUCCCCGUCGUCGCCAUAGCAACACCACAUGGAACUGCUGUGAUGGCAACUUCAACAGGCUCUCUCUCCACGGAAGCUCAGCUUGGUGCAUCAUGGGACUCCAUCAAGACGGUGGCAGGUACAGCAUGUGAGGACUGAGAGGCGACCAUGGAGACGGACAGCUUCACCGCCAGCCCGGGCGCACUGGGAGUCCCCGAGGAGUACGCAGGCGAGGCUCGGUCCGGCGAUGUUGGUCAGGCGUGGCGCUUCAUGCCGUACUCGCUGGGCUUCCAGGUGUCCAUUACCGCCUUCCUCAUGCUGGAGCUGGUGUUGGGUUUCAGCAGCAACCUGACAGUGCUGGUGCUCUACUGCUCCCAGUCCAACUUGGUGGACUCGGUCAGCAACAUGGUGACGGUCAGUCUGCACGUGCUGGACGUGGCGGUGUGCGUGCUGUGUUUGCCCCUCACUUUGGCGGUCGUGCUGCUGCCCCCGGGGCCCAACCUGGCUCUGCUGUGCUGCUUCCACGAGGCCUGCGUCACCUUUGCCAGCAUUGCCACAGCCAUCAACAUCCUGGUCAUCAGCCUGGACCGCUACGACAUCUCGGUGCGGCCGGCCAACAGGCUGCUGACCACGCGCAGGGCGGCGCUUCUCCUGGUGGCCGUGUGGCUCACAUCCGUGGCUGUGUUCUUUAUCCCCUUCCUGCAGGAACAAUUGUCUAGUGGCGAAGAAACCGGAGAGAGAUCCCUGGAGAGUCCUUUGUCUCUGUCCUCCAAUGUGGUGCCCGGUUGGCGCAACCGGACACUCUUGUGCUUAGGCGGGCAAGGCAGCUAUUUAACCCCGGGUACAUAUUACCACCUCAUCCUACAGGUUCCCAUAUUCUUCACCACCGUCACGGUCAUGUUGUUCACCUACUCAAGGAUCCUGAGGGCUUUGAACAUCCGCAUCGGCACCCACAUGAAGAAGAACCAGAGGUUCAUCGGCCCGUCCUGCACGGGCCUCCACAGGAAACCAAAAAGAAAGAAGACCAAACUCCAAAUGCUGCAAAGUGCGCGGCCAGAAGGGGAGCGAUGCACCGCAGAUGGCACCAAACAACUGAGUCACCCUCCUCUGAUACCUUCUUCAUCGCCCACUCCCACGGCGACAUCCCCCCCUGCGCUCGCUUCUUCUGCCGCGCUGGUGACAUCUGUCACAGGCGCCGCCCCAAUGCCAGCAACCAUGGGUGUCCAGGCCUCCGUGUCAGCUAUUAUCGCCCUGCGGCGAGCAGUGCGGCGUCACCGGGAUCGACGAGAGCGCCAGCGCCGUGUCUUCAGGAUGUCCCUCGUCAUCAUCACCACCUUCCUGGGCUGCUGGGCUCCUUUGUCCGUGGUCAACAUGCUCAUCCUGGCCAUAGGCCCGAGCGACGCCCUGGUCAGCCUGCGCCUCUGGUUCCUUGCUUUGGCUUACGGCACCACCGUGUCCCACCCGCUUCUCUAUGCGUUCACGCGGCAAAAGCUGCGGCGCGCCCUGCGUGCAAAGGUGAAGAAGAGGGUGGUGUCUCUGCUUCAGGUGGACCCGUCGCCGGGGGGCACCGUCAUACACAAUUCUUGGGUGGAGAACAGAAAAACCAGUCGUCAGGUGCGGCUGGAAGCGAGCGAGGGUUCUGAGCGCUGCCUGGCAGAGGCCGUGUGAGACGAUGAUGAUGAAAGUUUGGACAAUCCAAGGGGGCCUAAAGAAAUAGGACCGGGGAAAAUGGCGCCCAAUGUGGGUGUCACAGAAUUCCUGCUACGGUCAUAAAAAACACAGAUGUGUUUCAUCACAGCCACUUUAAAGCAGUGGUUCUCAAACUUUUUCUCCACCAAGGACCACCUCAGAGAACACUCCCCAAGAACCAUGCACAAAUAUGACCAACAAUAAACUACAGUAGUGUAGUAGGCCUAAGUGUUCAUUAAAAACAAGGCAGAGGUUUUAUUUAACAAUAUUUACGGGCCAUGGAGUGCACCGCUGUUAUAGCCGUACACACCAAAUUUUGGUUUCAUUUUUAAUUUCCAUAUAUUAGUCGCACUGAACUAAUAAUAAUAUUGGAUAUUAUUGAAUAUUGAAAUGAUAAGCCGGAAAAAUAUAUACGUUGCGAAAUUAAUAUUUACACAGAAAGAUGUUUAUUUACAGACCAUAAUUAGCCCUGCGAUGAAGUGGCGACUUCCACACGAAUGUAGCUGAGAUAGGCCCCAGCGACCCCAAAGGGAAUAAGCGGUAGGAAAUGGAUGGUUGGAUGGAUGGAUAAUUGUUUUUUAACAAUGUCAGUAGCACGGUAGUAAAACAGCUAAAUAAACAAAACAGAAGUCAUGGACUCACUAUUUGCGGAAGCUAACUCUCCAAUCAGCUAAACAUACUCAAUAACUCUACGGUGACGUUUUGGUGAAUUUACGAAACUGAAACAAUACGAACAGAAUGCCAUCGUAAGUUAAUAAUACUAACACGGACACUUGGAGACAUGUUAGCAUAUUAGCUAAUACUUUGAUUGAUUGAAACUUUUAUUAGUAGAUUGCACAGUACAGUACAAUUGACCACUAAAUGGUAACACCCGAAUAAGUUUUUCAACUUGUUUAAGUCGGGGUCCACGUUAAUCAAUUCAUGGUAGCUACCGAUGCUAGUGUCAUUACAUUACGAUGGCACUUUCUACUAAAAAAACUGUUUUAGUUAUAUUGUGAAACCUACAAACGUUGCUUGGAGUUAUAAAUGAAGAAUCCAUACGAGGAGAAAGCUAUGGAUGGUUAGAAGACCAAACGGCACUUGUACUUCCGGUCGAAAGCAGUAAAUGGAAGGAAACUGCAGUGAGCAAAUUUGUCCAAAAGAUGGCGCCAAAGCGCGAACAAAACACUUUCUCAGUGUAUUUGCUUGUUUUUUAAAAAAAACUUUUAAUGCUAUGGCCAUCAACGAAGAAAAAAAAUUAGCCCCGCCGUUCAAAGUGUAGGUAAAAUGUAGCGGCUUAUAGUUCAGAAUUUACUAACUUGUAACAUUACACACAGUAACACUGUGUUUAAAUAUAGGAAAAUGAAAACACUGUACUUAAAUAAUGAAUCAAAUCUUUGGCGUACCACUAGAUGGAGCCUGUGUACCACAAGUGGUGCGCAUACCACAGUUUGAGAAUCACAAAUGUGUUUCAUCACCUCAGAAAACACCAUAAUGACCAACAUUAAAAUACAGUAGCGUCGUAGGCCUUAGUAUUCAUUAAAAACUAGGCCGAGGUUUUAUUUAUAUUUUGGGCCACUGUAACAGUAGACACUGUUUGAACUAGAGAUGUCCGAUAAUAUCAGACUGCCGAUAUUAUCGACCGAUAAAUGCUUUAAAAUGUAAUAUCGCAAAUUAUCGAUAUCUGUUUCAAAAAGUAGAAUUUAUCACUUUUUAAAUCGCAGCUGUACAGACUGGUACACAGACGUAGGGAGAAGUACCGAGUGACAAUAAACCUUAAAGGCACUGCCUUUGCGUACCAGCCCAGUCACAUAAUAUCUACGGCUUUUCACACACGGAAAGUGAAUGCAAUGCAUACUUGGUCAACAGCCAUACAGGUCACACUGAGGGUGGCCGCAUAAACAACAUUAACACUGUUACAAAUAUGCGCCACACUGUGAAGCCACACCAAACAAGAAUGACAAACACAUUUCGGGAGAACAUCCACACCGUAACACAACAUAAACACAGCAGAACAAAUACGUAGUGGUACACAGACGUAGGGAGAAGUACCGAGCGACAAUAAACCUUAAAGGCACUGCCUUUGCGUGCCGGCCAGUCACAUAAUAUACACGGCUUUUCACGUGCAAGUGAAUGCCAUGCAUACUUGGUCAACAGCCAUACAGGUCACACUGAGGGUGGCCGCAUAAACAACAUUAACACUGUUACAAAUAUGCGCCACACUGUGAACCCACACCAAACAAGAAUGACAAACACAUUUCGGGAGAACAUCCGCACCGUAACACAGCAGAACAAAUACCUAGAACCCCUUGCGGCACUAACUCUUCCGGGACGCCACAAUAUACACCCCCGCUACCUACCUUAACCUCGACAUGCUCUCUCAAGGAGAGCGUGUCCCAAAUUCCAAGCUGCUGUUUUGAGGCAUGUUAAAAAAAAAUAAUGCACUUUGUGACUUCGAUAAUAAAUAUGGCAGUGCCAUGUUGGCAUUUUUUUUUCCAUAACUUGAGUUGAUUUAUUUUGGAAAACCUUGUUACAUUGUUUAAUGCAGUGGUCCCCAACCACCGGGCCGCAGAAUCAUUUUUUAUUAAUUUGUAUUUAUUUUAUUUUUUUAUUAAAUCAACAUAAAAUACACAAGAUACACUUACAAUUAGUGCACCAACCCAAAAUACAUGACAAAAAAUAAAUAAAUUAAUAAAUUAAUAAAAAUAAAAUCCCCUCGCCGGGCCGCGGGACAAUAUAUCAAGUGUUGACCAGUCCGCAGCUACAAAAAGGUCGGGGACCACUGGUUUAAUGCAUCCAGCAGGGGGCAUCAAGUGAAGUGACGUGAAGUGAAUUAUAUUUCUAUAGCGCUUUUCUCUAGUGACUCAAAGCGCUUUACAUAGUGAAACCCAAUACCUAAGUUACAUUUAAACCAGUGUGGGUGGCACUGGGAGCAGGUGGGUGAAGUGUCUUGCCCAAGGACACAACGGCAGUGACUAGGAUGGUGGAAGCGGGAAUCGAACCUGCAACCCUCAAGUUGCUGACACGGCCACUCUACCAACCGAGCUAUACCGCCCCACUAUCACAACAAAAUCAGGCAUAAUAAUGUGUUAAUUGCACAACUGUAUAUAUCGGCAUCGGUAAUUAAGAGUUGGACAAUACCGGAAUAUAGGAUAUCGGCAAAAAAGCCAUUACCGGACAUCUCUAGUUUGAACAGUAACACUGUGUUUGAUUAUAGGAAAUUGAUUGAUUGAAACUUGUAUUAGUAGAUUGCACAGUUCAGUACAUAUUCCGUACAAUUGACCACUAAAUGGUAACACCCCAAUAAGUUUUUCAACUUGUUUAAGUCGGGGUCCACGUUAAUCAAUUCAUGGUAAAUAAUGGACUAUAAUGGAAAAUAAAAGCUGAAUCAAAUCUUUGGUGGCAGUUUGAGAAUCCCUUCUUUAAAGAAGGAGAACAAACACGUCCACCUCCGGGGUAACGACGGAGGAUAAUUGGCAGCAAGCGGAGCCAUCGUCGGCCUGAACACAAUCCCAGAAAAGACGUGAACUGUAAUAUUUGUCAAGUUUACAAAUGGAGCGGCGCUUACAUAACCGCUCCAAAAAUACGUGCUUAGCCCAACAACGGACUGGGGAGCUCCACCACAGCUUUAAGAAGAACGUCUCGGCACCUAAACAAAUAUCCUGAAUAUUUAUUUGCUGUGACCUCUGCCUUAAUGAUGUGUCACGAGCACAACGGCACCGGAUUGCAGGGUGGCAGGCAAAGUGCGUGCAGAGUGUGUGUGUUACGUCAAAUAUGGUGCUGCUUUAAUCCUGUCAGUGUAGGAGGCUCAUAUUCAUAGCAGGGGAUAAUUAUAAGCAGCGAGUGUGAAAUACUCAUAUGCCUUUAUAUAAUAUUAAGUUAUUGUUGUCACAGUGUUAUUUCUGAAUUGUACAAAGGUUACUUUUUCCUCUCUGUGGAUGCAAAUUUUGGUAUCAAAUGACUAUUGGAUGUCGUGGUGAAGAAAACCCAUCAAAAACUUUUUUUUUCCCCCUGCAAAGACAUGUUUGUACCCGCUUUUCUUUAUUUUCAUGACUAUUUACAUUGUAGAUUGUCACUGAAGGCAUCAAAACUAUAAAUGAACACAGGUGGAGUUAUGUACUUAAAACAAGGUGAAAUAACUGAAAACAUGUUUUAUAUUCUAGUUUCUUCAAAAUACCGUAUUUCCUUGAAUUGUGCCUGCCUAGAAUUUCUCCAUCCAUCUUCUUCCAAUUAUCCGAGGUCGGGUCGCGGGGGUAACAGCCUAAGCAGGGAACCCCAGACUUCCCUCUCCCCAGCCACUUCGUCCAGCUCUUCCCGGGGGAUCCCGAGGCGUUCCCAGGCCAGCCGGGAGACAUAGUCUUCCCAACGUGUCCUGGGUUUUCCCGUGGCCUCCUAGGGAGGCGUUCGGGUGGCAUCCUGACCAGAUGCCCGAACCACCUCAUCCGGCUCCUCUCGAUGUGGAGGAGCAGCGGCUGUACUUUGAGCUCCUCCCGGAUGACAGAGCUUCUCACCCUAUCUCUAAGGGAGAGACACGCCACACGGCGGAGGAAACUCAUUUCGGCCGCUUGUACCCGUGACCUUGUCCUUUCGGUCAUGACCCAAAGCUCAUGACCAUAGGUGAAGAUGGGAACGUAGAUCGACCGGUAAAUUGAGAACUUUGCCUUCCGGCUCAGCUCCUUCUUCACCACAACGAAUCGGUACAACGUCCGCAUUACUGAAGACGCCACCUGUCGAUCUCACCAUCCACUCUUCCCUCAAUCGUUAACAAGACUCCUAGGUUUUUGAACUCCUCCACUUGGGGCAAGGUCUCCUCCCCAACCCAGAGAUGGCAUUCCACCCUUUUCUGGGCGAGAAACAUUGACUCGGACUUGGAGGUGCUGAUUCACUCAGCUGCGAACCGAUCCAGUGAGAGCUGAAGAUCCCGGUCAGAUGAAGCCAUCAGGACCACAUCAUCUGCAGAAAGCAGAGACCUAAUCUUGCAGUCACUAUACCCGAACCCCUCAACGCCAUGACUGCGCCUAGAAAUUCUGUCCACGGGUCAAACUCGUUUCGCAAAAUAUUAUUUUUAUUAGCGCAUGUCUAGAAUUCCGGCCGGGUCAAACUCGUUUCGCCAAAUAAUUACCAUAUAUCUAGAACAGCGGUUCUUAACCUGGGUUCAAUCGAACCUUAGGGGUUCGGUGAGUCAACCUCAGGGGUUCGGCGGAGGUCAAAACACACCUGAUUCAUCGUCUCAAUAAAAACUUCUCCCUAUCGGCGUGUUACGGAUACGGCAACAGCAAAAGUUACACUGAAUUGCAGGUGUGUCAUUUGUUGUGAGUUUAUGCAGUCUAGUGUGAGUUUAGUGUCGGUUUUGUUCUUUGAACAAGGUGAUGUUCUUGCACGGUUCAUUUUGUGACCAGUAAAAAAACAUGGUAACACUUUAGUAUGGAGAACACAUUCAUCAUUAAUUAGUUGCUUAUUAACAUGCAAAUUAGUAACAUAUCGGCUCUUAACUAGUCAUUAAGUACUUAUUAAUGCCUUAUUUGGCAUGGUCCCUAGUGUCCAAAAAACUCUAAAUUAAGUCUUUGUUACCUAGAAUAUGUUCUCCAUACUAAAGUGUUACCAAAAACACAUAACUUUGUCUGGAAUUAAAAAAACAAAACAUUUUAUUUUUCACUAAGAAGGGUUCGAUGACUGCGCGAAUGAAACUAAUGGGGUUCGGUACCUCCAACAAGGUUAAGAACCACUGGUCUAGAAUUUCCACCGGGUCAAACUCGUCACGUCACGAGUGACACUUCACUUGUCAUCAUUUUCAAAAUGGAGGAGGCUGAUUUCAAUCAUUUGGAAUCGCAAAAAGGGAAGAAGAUUAAGAGCUAUUCAGUAGGAUUUAAGGUCCAAGCUAUUGAAUAUGCUAAAAAGAAGAGUAAGCAGCUAUGUUUUAUUAAUAUACCGUAGCUGCGUGUGUCAAAUAUGAGUCAUUAAAUGACUCCCGCCUCCUAGUGGUAGAGGGCGCUAGUGAUCCUUCUUGCGACUACUCGGCCGCAGAAGAAGUGACAACAAGCAGCAAGAGUGAGCAGGGAUCGAUUCUCUUUUCCUCUCCCUUGCACUUUUAACAUGGAGGAUUACAUAUCUAAAAUAAAACAUUUUUCUAAACUGGACUUUCAAUCGAAGCAGGAGGUAAUAAAGGAAGAUGUCCAUCGAGACAGAGAGACUUUUAAAACUGAAGAAAGAUAAGGAAGACUUCUAUAAACAAGUUUUCAAUGCGUUUGAUCAGAAAGAGCUGCGCAUGGACUUCAUUUAUAAGUAAAGGUAAGACCAUAAUAAGGUUUUUUUUUAUUAAAUGUGCUUUUCAUGAUGGUAUCCUUACAUCACACUCAAAUUUAUAGGCGCAGGCCUACAUUUACCGCAUACCUUUGGUAGGUUUUAAAUUGAUUAGCGCCCCGGCUGGAAUUUACGGAAAUACAGUAGCCACCCUUUGCUCUGAUUACUGCUGUGCACAUGAAGUAUAUUUCUGGUCUUGUCACCCUCCACCGGGCAGGAGGGCAACACGGCAGUGCGGCUGGAUCAAACCAGACGUCAGAGACGCUAUGCGGAACAAAAGUAGCUUUAUUACAAACGAGCGUCAUUAAACAGGUCUGCAGUACCUGGAGGAGCCUGGGUAAAAAAAUGAAGGACUCCUAACUGGAGAAGCCAAACUAUCAGUUUUUAUAUUCCUCCUUACUUUAUCUAUGUGUGUGUGUUAAGUCAGGAGAGCGCAUCCUGACCAUAAAAGGAGAUGUUCAUGUGUACACUGCAAAAAGUCAGUGUCGAAAACAAGAAAAAGAAAAAAAUACAAAAAUGAGGGGUAUUUUAUUUGAACUAAGCAAAAUUAUCUGCUAAUAGAACAUGGAAAUUUGGCUUGUCAAACUUUCCAAAGCAAGUAAAAUUAAUGCUGAGAGCAGCGAUGGACGGGACCGAGUAUUUAAACAUGUACAUACAAAAAAUAACUUACCAUGAACCUGAAAGAGAUUAUUAAAACUCUUUUAUCAACAUUUAAUCAGAAGGGUCCAAUCUCUCUUUUGUGCUUAAUUGAAGCCGACGAGACAAACACGCUGAGAGGAGAUAAUGUUUGAAAAAAGGUGACUGUUUUUACACAACUUUUGUUUUGAAGGGGUAAUUGCAAACUCCCAGUUGAUUUUUGCUGGGGCUUGUCAGUGUAUGAAAUAUAGGUCUAAGUGAGACCUACAUAGAUGUUUUUGUUUAAUGUUUCUACGACAUUCCUACUGGAAGUUACAGGCAGUUGUGUCUGUGUUUUCUUCCUUGGGGGCAGUAGAGCGCAUUUUUGAGUUUUGGGGUUUGGUUCUUUUGAUUACAUCGCAAUUUUCGCCAGUCCUGACGUGUGUGUCCAAUUUGUUGAGUUUUGAAGCACGUUAAGGGGGUCAAUUUACAGCUCAAAGAGGCGUCGGUAUGAUAAUGAAGAAUAAUCAAUCAAUCAAUGUUUAUUUAUAUAGCCCCAAAUCACAAAUGUCUCAAAGGACUGCACAAAUCAUUACGACUACAACAUCCUCGGAAGAACCCACAAAAGGUCAAGGAAAACUCACACCCAGUGGGCAGGGAGAAUUCACAUCCAGUGGGACGCCAGUGACGAUGCUGACUAUGAGAAACCUUGGAGAGGACCUCAGAUGUGGGCAACUCCCCCCCCUCUAAUAACAAAAUGCUAGAAAUUCAAUAGGGUCCUCUGUCCCUUUUGGAUAUCGGUCCCCAAUUAGCUAACAUCAAUGAACCCAAAAAUACCUUCAAAUAAGUAGAUUCUCACUAAAACCAAUAUGACUACGCAUUUUCUAUUGUUUCUUUGAAAAUAAAACAGCAAAGUCCAUUUGGCUGUCAUCUGUUUUAAUAUGAGACAAUUGUGUCAAAGUCAUGAUUUUUUUUUUCAUGCUCGAAAUAAGAAAUGAUUACUUUAAAAAAAGUAUUUUUAUACUUGUGAGUGUUGAUGAAACAGCUUUGCAACACUUGAUAUUCUAGUUUCAAGCAUGUUUUAUUCAAUAUAGGUCAUCAAAUCUCAACAACAAACUGUAAUAUCUUACUGAGAUCAUUUAGGACCAAAACACUUAAAACAAGUAAAACACUUUAACAUAAAAUCUGCUUAGUGAGAAGAAAAUAAGCAAAUAUCACCCUUAUUUGAGAUAUUUAAUCCUACUUAGAUUUCAGUUUUUGCAGUGUAAGUGUCUAUAAAAUGACUGAUUUAAGUCAUAACUCGAAAUGUUGGCGUUGAGCGAGACAGGUAGUCUUUUUUCAAGGAUAUGGUUAUCACUUUUGCACUCCAAAGUCCCAAUUAGAGGCUCUUUUCCUACAAGAAGUCAUCCAAUCCACCUGUGAAUAGCAAACUCAGGGGCCUUAACUAUUUAUGUGCUAUAACUGAAAUACCUUUCUCCAAGGUGAACAUGAACAUUCACCGUAUUUAGAACAUAAUAUAAGUUAAUUAAUUAACUUCACACACUCUUGGCAUUCUCUCGAUGAAACCCAUUUCAGGGGAUUACCUCUUGAAGCUCAAGGAGAGAAUGCCAAGAGUGUGCAAAGCAGUAAUCAAAGCAAAGGGUGGCUAUUUUGAAGAGACUAGAAUUUAAAACAUGUUUUAAGUUAUUUCACCUUUUUUUGUUAAGUACAUAAGUCCACAUGUGUUCAUUCAUAGUUUUGAUGCCUUCAGGGACAAUCAGCAAUGUAAAUAGUCAUGAAAAUAAAGAAAACGCAUUGAAUGAGAAGAUGUGUCCAAACUUUUGCCCUGUACUGUAUAAAUAUUUUACAUUGUUUUCCGCACGUACAACUAAUUAUUCUUUAUUAAAUGUGGUAAUCAUUCUGGGUUUCUGGAAGGGAUUUUGGAAAAAAUAUAUUUUCUUUUUUGUGUGAUUUGGUUUUCUUCUGCUCUUUUGGAACAGGUUAGUAACAAAAACUAAGGUGCCACUGUCAAUACUGGGCAAGUGAUAACUCAACAAAAGCAAAAAAAUAAAUACGAUUGGUUCUUAAGAGUUUGCACGCAAUAUAUCAAUAUGUACAAGUUAUCUGAACAAGACAACAAAAACACAGAUAUUUGUGAAAAUAAAGAAGGGAUAGCACAAUGAUAUCAAUUUGAUACUGACACAACUAUCCUGGUAUCGAUACAAAAGUGGUGGUGCAAGUUUUAUGUAGCUUUAAUUAGGGGAAGUGAAAAAAUUAGAGUACGGUACUUACAGAGCUUUACAUUUUUCACAUUUUGGU